AUGACAGACCGCAAGAUCUCCCUCGAAGAACUCAGUCAGCAUCAAGAAGCGGAAGAUGCUUGGAUGGCCAUAAACUCUGUUGUUUGGAACGUCACCGGUUUUGCUGGUAUUCAUCCUGGCGGUCCAGAUAUUAUCCUGGAGUACAUUGGCCGCGAUGGCAGCGACCAAUACAACAGUGUCCAUAGCUCCGGACUUGCCGCGAGGAACUUCGAAACAUCCCAAAGAAUCGGCGUCCUGGAUGCCCCCACCAAAAGUAAUACAGACGCAGAUCGUGACAACAGAAACCCAAAGCUGGAUCGGGAAUUACCUGGUUUGGAUGAGAUCAUCAACCUUCACGAUCUUGAAGAUGCUGCCGAGAAGUCUCUGAACGAAAGGUCCUGGGCCUAUCUGUCUGGCGCAACAGACGGCAGCAUAACGAAGAACAGAAACUGCAGCAUAUUCGAGGAAGUUUAUCUUCGGCCGCGAGUUGCAAGGCCGGUAGGUUCGGCAGAUACAAGAGUCAAGAUCCUUGGUGACGAAUAUGAUGUGCCUAUUUUCAACGCUCCUGCGUCACUCAUGAUGCUCGCUCACCCGGACGCCGAAAUAGCUCUUGCGAAAGGGCUAGCCGCAAGUGGCAGCACGAUAGUGAUUCCUACCCUCGCGUCCUACUCGACAGAUGAGAUCGUUGAAGCUCUCCCGAAAGGCCAUCCUUUCUUUUUUCAGCUUUAUACAAGUCCGGACAAAAGCGUCCUGGACAAGAUAAUAGAUACGGUCGUCAGGCUACAGCCCAGAGCCAUCUUUGUUACUGUGGAUCUCCCAGAUUUUGGCAAAAGAGAAGCAAAUGAACGAUACGAACGGAAGGUAGCGAAACAAAAAAAAGACAGUUCCAAGACAAAGCAAAAGUCGAACCAAGCUCGGUCGGCAGGCGUUGCUAUUGAUUCAGAUCUCAGUUGGUCCAAGAUCCAAUGGCUUCGAGAACGUACAAAUUUACCUAUUUUUGUCAAAGGUAUCCAGUGCGCCGAGGAUGCAUUACAGGCCUGGAAGAUCGGAUGUCAAGGAAUCUACAUCUCGAAUCACGGAGGCCGAGCGGCUGAUACGGCGCAGCCCACGCUACUAACCUUGGCUGAGAUCCGACUCCGGUACCCAGAGCUCCUGGAACAGAUGGACGUCUUUAUCGAUGGUGGCGUUCGGCGAGGAACCGACGUAUUGAAGGCCAUUUGUCUUGGGGCGAAAGGCGUAUGCCUUGGUAGACCCUUCUUCUACGCUCUGAUGUAUGGGCAGGACGGGGUUCAAUAUGCAAUGCAAAUUCUCAAAGACGAGCUGGUGACAGCUAUGAAACUCUGCGGCGUUGCUCGCCUUUCCGAAGCUCACCCUGGACUCCUGAACACAAGAGCUCUGUUGAACCAAGUCGACUACGGAACAGAAUUCAGAAGCAAGCUAUGA